AUGAUUAAUGGCGAAUCGAAAGGCUUUUUCAAAUCUUCAAAAGGUCUCCGUCAAGGAGAUCCCUUAUCCCCGGGAUUGUUCGUCUUGGUCAUGGAUGUCCUUUCCUUCUUACUGUCCAAGCUUAGGCGCGAAGAGAAGUUCGAAGGUUUCUAUAUGGAUGAAAGAGGACGGAGUGGGGAGGUUACUCAUCUUCUUUUUGCGGAUGACACCCUGAUUUUCUGUGAUGUGUCCCGCGAUCAGGUGCUUCAUCUCUUGGCAACUCUUGUGUGUUUCCAGGACAUCAACGGUCUCAAGAUCAAUCUGGAGAAAACGGUUAUGUACACUGUAGGCGAUGUCCCGAAACCAGAUUUUUUUGCUGACAUUUUCGGAUGCAGAUGGUGUAAGGAUCCUCCCAAAUACUUAGGUUACCCGCUUGGUGCUAAGCUGAAUUCAAAUUCUCUAUGGACUCCCAGCAUCGACAAAUACAGGAAGCGAUUGGAAGGGUGA